UCAGUGGUACGCCUCUUUAUGCAGACCGGAACUAUCCCCCAUUUCCUCCGCCGAUCUAGAAUCUGUGCUGUAACGACAGUAACAAUGCUAGAGAAAAACAUCUGAUUAGGAAAGCGUCAUAUGCUGGCUAACAUAACGUUACUUGGCAAAGGGAGAGAUGGACGGUGGUGGCAAUUGCGGUAACAUUAGUGGUAUUAUGAAUAAUAGACAGAGGUCGAUGUUAACGAACAAAAGCCGGGUCGAGUGCGCCCGCAACCAGCGAAAAGACUCGGAGGGCUUCUCCGAGUCUCCAGAUCUGGAAUUUGAAUAUGCGGACAUAGACAAGUGGGCAGCUGAACUUUCCGAGAUAUACAGUUAUACCGAGGGACCUGAGUUCAUAUUGAACAGAAAAUGUUUUGAAGAAGACUUCAAAACUCAUGUAACAGAUAAAGGCUGGACAGAGUUAGACUCCGGCCAUCACCGGGCACAUGCCAUGCGCCUAUUGGAUGGCCUGGAGAUGACUGCCCGUGAGAAAAGACUGAAGAUCGCCAGAGCCAUACUCUACAUUGCACAGGGCACGUUUGCGGAGUGUUCGUCUGAAGCAGAGGUGCAGCACUGGAUGCGUUACAACACUUUCCUCUUGCUGGAGGUGGGCACGUUCUCCGCGCUGGUGGAACUGCUGAACAUGGAGAUUGAUAACAGUGCGGCGUGCAGCAGUGCGGUGAGAAAACCAGCUAUCUCUCUGGCAGACAGCACCGACCUCAGGAUCCUGCUGAACAUCAUGUACCUCAUGGUGGAGACCAUCCAACAGGAGGACCCGACGGACAGCCCAGAGUGCAGAGCAGCUCGAGAGACGUUUAAAAGUGAACUGGGCGCACCAAUGUACAACAAUGAACCGAUGUCAGUGAUGCUCUUUGGCAUGGUGACGAAGUUCUGCAGUGGUCACGCCCCACACUUCCCCAUGAAGAAAGUGCUGCUGCUCCUGUGGAAGAGCAUCCUGUUCACUCUGGGAGGCUUUGAGCAGCUGCUGAACAUCAAGGUGCAGAAGCGGGGGGAUCUGGGCCUGCCCCCCCUGCCAGAGGACAGCAUCCGUGUGGUGCGGAGCAUGAGGGCCGCCUCCCCCCCCGCCUCCACCUCGGAUCUUCUAGAGCAGCAGCAGAAACGUGCUCGCAGGGAGCAUAAGGCCCUCAUCAAGCAAGACAAUCUGGAUGCCUUUAAUGAGAAGGACCCCUACAAAGCAGACGACGGACGCGAGGACGAGGACGACAACGACGACAGCGAGAACAACCUCGAGCCCGAGAACUUUCCACUGGAGCGGGACGAAGUCAUGCCCCAGCCCGUCCCACAGCCCCCCUGUGAAAGAUUGUCCUUCCCAAAGGGUCUACCUUGGGCGCCCAAAGUCAGGGAAAAGGAUAUAGAGAACUUUCUGGAAUCAAGCAGAAGCAAAUUCAUUGGGUACACUCUUGGGAAUGACAUAGAGACAGUAGUUGGCUUGCCCAGACCCAUCCAUGAAAGCAUCAAAACAUUGAAACAGCAUAAGUAUAUCUCCGUAGCAGAGAUUCAAAUUGCCAAGGAAGAGGAGUAUCAGAAGACACCACUCUCUGGGGGUGAAGAGGAGGUCGACAUGUCUGCCACAGAGUUGCUGUACCAAGGAAUCCUUCCCAGCCUGCCUCAGUAUAUGAUUGCCCUGCUGAAAAUCUUGCUUGCAGCAGCUCCCACGUCCAAGGCUAAAACAGACUCCAUUAACAUCCUGGCAGAUGUGCUACCGGAGGAAAUGCCAACGACGGUCCUCCAGAGCAUGAAGUUGGGGGUUGAUGUGAACCGGCACAAAGAGAUCAUUGUGAAAGCCAUCUCUGCCAUCCUUCUGCUGCUUCUCAAACAUUUCAAACUCAACCAUGUUUACCAGUUUGAAUAUAUGGCUCAGCACCUCGUCUUUGCCAAUUGUAUUCCUCUCAUCCUGAAGUUCUUCAACCAGAACAUCAUGUCUUACAUCACUGCUAAGAACAGUAUAUCUGUGUUGGACUUCCCGUACUGUGUGGUGCACGAGCUUCCAGAGCUCACUGCAGAAAGUUUAGAAGCUGGAGAAAACAAUCAGUUCUGCUGGAGGAACCUGUUCUCCUGCAUCAACCUGCUGAGGAUUCUUAACAAGCUCACUAAAUGGAAGCACUCCAGGACCAUGAUGCUGGUGGUGUUCAAGUCUGCUCCCAUCCUGAAGAGGGCGCUGAAGGUGAAGCAGGCCAUGAUGCAGCUGUACGUCCUCAAGCUUCUUAAAGUCCAAACCAAGUACUUGGGUCGCCAGUGGAGGAAAAGCAACAUGAAGACCAUGUCCGCUAUCUACCAGAAGGUCCGGCACAGGCUCAACGAUGACUGGGCUUAUGGAAACGCAGACCUGGAUGCACGGCCAUGGGACUUUCAAGCAGAGGAGUGUGCACUUCGUGCCAACAUUGAGCGCUUUAACAGCCGCCGCUAUGAUAAGAACCAGGCCAACCCUGACUACCUGCCCGUGGACAACUGCCUGCAGAGUGUGCUUGGACAGCGCGUGGACCUGCCAGAGGACUUCCAGAUGAACUAUGACCUCUGGCUGGAGAGAGAGGUGUUUUCUAAGCCUAUUUCCUGGGAGGAGCUCCUGCAGUAAAAGACCCAAUGCUUACAAACCCUCCUGUGGGGAUUUCUAAAGUGUAUGGUAACACAGUUUAAUACCUUGUUACAUAUUUGGCAUGGUAUCCUACAUCAGAGCAAGAUUGAGGUGUUCAAGGAAAUGUGAUUUUUUGAUUCAUAAUUUAGUAUGACAUUCAAUAAUAGUAGUAACUGAAGCAUAGCCACAAUUGGGAAAUCUGUCUCAAAGCCAGAGAUGUGGCAAUAUUUUGUUUAGGCUACUUAAAAAUACUUGCGUUGGCAUGUCUUAUGUUCAAUGCAGUAUAACCACUAUGCCAACAGCAGUGUUUGUCAAAUGAUCUAUGCUGAUAAUUACCAUGUUUUUAAUGAGCACACUCAGUGCGCUCUGGUACAUUCCAAAAAUCCUGGUCACGUGUGGGUGGUCACCGGGUCCAGAUCAUCCUGGAACAUGAUCACGUGUGGGUGGUCACCGGGUCCAGAUCAUCCUGGAACAUGAUCCACCAAACCCCCCGUGUUUGGAGACCAGCCCACCAUUCAUUUUUUAUGAGCACCCUUUUUUCUUCUGAUAGAACCUUCUAUUGCUUCUAUUCUCAAAGUCAAAAGUCAAGUCAAAGUAGCUUUAUUCUGGUCUUAAACAGUCUUUUGGUACUGUGUGCAUUUUGUACUGGUUGUGUGGGGGUGCUGCAGAAGAUGGAUUGCCAUGGAAACCCUCUCGUAUACAUGCAUAUUACACUAAAGGGUUCCAGACUCCCUGGAGAGAGAGGGGCUUGGAUCAUGCUUAAUCCGUUUUGUUUAAGGUGUGUGUGUUUGUUUGCUUCUUUUGGAACAGGCUGUUGCUGCUUAUUCCUGAUUUAUGUUGUGUCCUGGGACGGUUUUUCUCCUCCUUGUGUCUGCUAUUCUAAGUUGAAAUGGUUUUCUAAUGAAGAUAGUUUGAGGUGAAAUGAUGACUUCAGAUCUGUAUUUACACAGGGGUCUCACAUUAUUUGAUGAGAAAGCCCAAAGGGUUCAUGAGAUUCGGACACCCAAUGAAAAACAAAAGGGACUCAUCCUCUAACAUCAUCUCUCUCUGAAUAUAUCAUGUAACUUGUUUUUAUAGGUCUGACCUGAAGGGAUUUUUAAAAGAAUCUUAAAAAAUGUGUUAUGUUACUGAUAACAGUAUUCUAAUUGUUAUUUAUCAUGGUUUGUGUCUAACCUCCUAUUGUAUCUCAAACAUAAACACCAAAUAAAUAAAAUGCUCUUGAACUUCAUGCUGUACCUCAAA